CUGAAAACCCAUACGCCUCCUCUUUUGCUUUGCUGUCCCCAGAUCAAUUUCCUCAAAAUUUGGGAAUUAAUCAAUUCCGUAAUUUAUCAUCGACAUCAAAUUUCUGAAGGAAUUUCCCCUUUGUCAAAUCUUGAAUUGCAAGAGAUAUGGUGAAGAUAGAGGGCACAAUUCCGUUUUCUUCAGCCUACAAACAUGAUAGGGAAAGCCGAGAUGAUGAAAAUUUUAUAUCAGAUUUAUGGGGUGCAGCAGAAAAGGUUACAAACUCAAUAUCAACGGGAUCAUUGAAGCCCAGUAAUCUUUAUUCAUCCAAUUUGAUUGGUGAAUAUGAUUGGGAAAAUGAUCUGUCUAUUUGCACUCAGCCCAGAGCAAACCCUGAAGUGAACUUGAAGAAUUUAUUUGGUGGCUUAGUUUCAAUUAUAUUUGGCCACGUUAAAAAUUUUAGUGGUAUCCAACAUCAGCAAACUUCAAAUUCCAAUGCAUCCUUUUUAGGAUCUGGAACCGAUGGGGAUAGUUUUCUACAUCCCUCAGUUUGUGUGCCAAGUGCACCACCAUUGCUUAUCGCAGAAGCUGUCCACUAUAGUGCUUACAGGGAGGUACUUGAAGCAGAACCACCAGAGUGGAUUCCGGAUAGUCAUGCUAAUUCUUGUAUGAAGUGUGAUUCUCCUUUCACAGCGAUAACUCGGGGAAGACAUCAUUGUAGAUUUUGUGGAGGGAUUUUCUGCAGAGCAUGCUCAAAGGGGAGAUGUUUGUUACCCAUCAAAUUCCGGGAGCGAGAACCUCAAAGAGUUUGUGAUAUUUGUUAUGACAGGCUUGACCCUUUGCAGGGAAUCUUAAUUAACUCUAUCAGCAAUGCCAUGCAAUCAGCAAAACAUGAUGUUAUGGAUUGGACAUGCACUCGAGGAUGGUUAAAUUUGCCUCUGGGUUUAUCAAUGGAACAUGAGAUAUACAAAGCAGCAAAUACUUUGAGGAGCUACUGCCAGGUUGCUCGGUUAAACCCCGAGAAGUCUAUUCCUCUAGCGAUCCUGAAGGGUGCUAAAGGACUUGCUAUUCUGACAGUUGCUAAGGCUGGGGCACUUCUUACUUACAAACUUGGUACUGGUCUGGUAGUAUCUCGAAGAUCAGAUGGGUCAUGGUCUGCUCCAUCUGCUAUAGCUUCUGUUGGGUUAGGAUGGGGAGCGCAGAUUGGGGGUGAGAUUAUGGAUUUCAUGAUUGUGCUUCAUGGCUCUAAAGCUGUCAAGGCAUUUACCAGCCGCAUGCAUUGUUCCGUUGGGGCUGGUUUGAGUGUUGCAGCAGGACCAGUUGGGAGAGUCGUUGAAGCUGAUAUCCGGGCUGGAGACAGGGGGUCUGGCAUGUGCUAUACUUACAGCUGUAGCAAAGGUGCUUUUGUUGGAGUCUCACUGGAAGGAAACAUUGUUGCAACUCGGACGGAUACCAAUCUAAAGUUUUACGGUGAUCCUUAUAUGUCUACAACCGAUAUAUUGCUGGGGAAUGUGGAGUCUCCCAAAGCUGCAGCUCCUCUGUACGCUUCUCUUGAUGAUCUCUUCUCAAAGAUAGGACGUUAGAAGCUUUUACAUAUGGAUUUCUCUUGUAUAUAUCUUGUUAGUCUGGAAUACUUGCUUGAAAGUUGAAACCCCUGAUAGGUCUCUUUUGUGGUCUUCAUAUACUUUACUAUACUCUCAAAGAUAGCAUGAAUUGUAUAUUCUUGUUGAAUAACAUUGUUUCUAUAUCAGACAGUAGCUACACUUGUGUAUAUAUGUUGCAGCCAAUAUAUGUGAUUUAUUGCACUUUAAAGUAUUUUGAA